AAAACAACUGACAACACCAUUGUUUGGGGGCAUUUCGGUCCCAUGGUUAACAUACGCAUCCGUUUUCUUAUAGUUGACUAUUAUAGGCAAGGCUGCGUGGUUCUCAUUCAACUCAGCCUAAAUGACCACAAACGGUUAACGGAUGGAUUAUAAGAUGGAUGGAUAUUUGGACCAGCAAGUGCCUUACACUUUAGCAAAUAAGUCACACGGAAAUGGGCCCCUAAAUAGACUGUUGAUGGCAGCGAAAAGGAAAUACAUGGACACGGAAUUACCCCCUCAGGAAUCCGAAGACCUCUUUCAGGAUUUAAGCCAACUUCAGGAGACAUGGCUCACAGAAGCUCAAGUGCCUGACAGCGAUGAGCAGUUUGUUCCUGAUUUCCACUCUGAAAAUUCAGUGGCAUUCCAUAGCCCGCCUGUUACCAUCAAGAAGGAACCACAGAGCCCAGGGUCCGACCCCAGCCAAUCCUGUAGCCACAAGCAGACCUUCACCUACCCCAAUGGAGAGCAGUGCCUUUACGCCAGUGCCUAUGAGCAGAAGACGACUGUGGGUCCCAAUAAGAGCUGUCCCACAGGGACUCCCAUGUCUCCGAUGCAGCACCAUUACUCCCCCAAGCCUGUCGGGGGCGCUGGUGGACGGCCUGAUAACACAGCCUACAACAUGAACCCCCCUGCCGCAUCCCAGCCACUGCCCAGUCACAACAACUACCCCAUGAAUCCCAGGUAUCAGGCUCCGUCAGGAGACAUGUGCCCUCCCGGGUUCCCCGCUCAAGGGCAGGCAUACCAGAGGAUGCACCCAGCCCCAGCCGGAGCUGGUGGAGGCGGUGGAGGACCAGGUGGAGGUGGCGGGGGCGGCUAUCAUCGGCAGCACUCAGACCCCUGUAUGCCCUAUCUGCAGCAGAGCUUCAAGCAGGAGUACCUGGACCCUCUGUACGAGAGGGCCACCCACAUGGCGGGCCCCGGCCCCGGGCAAGGAUCAGGGCGGGGGCCUCACCCACCUCUCUCACACCAACACGCUCACCCGCACGCCCACCACCACCCUCACAGGUUCCCCCCUGCCCACAUGAUGGUAAAACAGGAGCCGACCGACUACACCUACGAGCCUGAUGUGCCAGGGUGUCCUUCUAUGUAUCACCACAACAAGGGCUACUCCAACCCCCAGAACAACAAUGAAGGAUAUCUCUUUGAAAACGACUCCCGUGUCGUGCCAGAGAAAUUCGAAGGGGAGGUAAAGCAGGAGGGUGGUGGCGUGUUCCGUGAGGGGACCCCCUACCAGCGCAGAGGUUCCCUGCAGCUCUGGCAGUUCCUGGUAGCCCUGCUGGACGAUCCAAGCAACGCCCACUUCAUCGCCUGGACUGGCCGCGGCAUGGAGUUUAAACUCAUCGAGCCCGAGGAGGUGGCCAGGCUGUGGGGGAUGCAGAAGAACCGUCCAGCCAUGAACUACGACAAGCUCAGUCGCUCUCUGCGUUACUACUAUGAGAAGGGAAUAAUGCAGAAGGUGGCAGGGGAGCGCUACGUUUACAAGUUUGUGUGCGAACCCGAGGCACUCAUCUCCCUGGCUUUCCCUGACAAUCAGCGGCCCAGCCUGAAGGCCGAGUUUGAUCGUUACGUCAACGAGGAGGACACAGUGCCCCUGUCCCACAUGGACGAGGGGGCCUCUUACCCCCCUGAACAAGCCCCACAAAACAUGGGCACCCAGUCCUACUCCAAAGGCUACAUGUACUAAUGCCAUCGCCCGAUGCCCCCUUCUCCAGAUACCUGUAAUACCCAACUGUCCCUCUCCCACACACUCUGGCCCCUGCACCUAUUGCACACGCCCAACCCAUUCACUUGUAUAUAUAUGGCUACAGUGUUUUUUGUUUUUGAUUAAAUUAAUCUCAUUUGGGAUUUUUGUUUCGUUUUUAAGAACUGCAUUCUUCUCACUUGUGAGGCAUAUUCAACCCAUACACCUGACUGUGGUUUAAAAGAGAUUGCUUAAUAAAGACAA